AUGGAACAUCAAUCUGCUACAAAGAAAGGAAAGACAUUAAUAUCAUCUUUCUUUAAAAAGAGAGAUCGUGAAACUAGUGAAAGUACUUCAAUUCCUACUACAAUGGAAAAUCAAUCUAGUGAAGGUCUUCUCAUUCCUAGUGUCCAAAUUUCUUCAAUUUCUUCUCCUAGCAAAGACCAUCAAUCAUCAUCUGCUUGUAUUGAACGAGAUCCGGGAAAAAGAAAACCAAUAUGUGAAUAUCAUGUUAAUAUACGAGAUGAGAUAAGACGUUCAUAUCUAAAGAUGGGGCCUUAUCAACCAGAUAUGUUGGAGUAUCCGGCUACAAAAUUUGGAAAUCAAAAUCGUCGAUUUCAGAAAAAAUGGUUUCAGAAAUUUCAUUGGUUAGAGUAUUCGCCUUCAACAAAUAAGGCAUAUUAUUUUUAUUGUUUUCUUUUUCUGAAUGAUAUUAAUUCAUCUAAUAUCUCGGCACUAGUCAGUGAAGGAUUUGACAAUUGGAAAAGGGUAAACCAAGGAAAAACAUGUGCAUUUCUUGCCCAUAUUGGUUCUGCAGCUUCUUCGCCUCAUACUAUGUCUGAGAGAAGGGCUGAAAAUUUGAUGAGACCCUCUCAGCAUAUUGAUAAUGUGAUGUAUGUUCAAGCUAAAGAAGAAAAGGAGAAAAAUCGUUUACGUUUGAAGACCUCAAUUGUCACUGUUCGAUGGCUAGCACUUCAAGGUUGUGCCUUUAGAGGUAAUGAUGAAUCUCUAUCUUCAUCUAAUCGUGGGAAUUUCCUUGAAUUGGUGAAGGCUUUUACAAAAAUGAGUACGGAAAUUAAUGAAGUUGUACUUGAGAAUGCUCCAAAAAAUUCCCAAUAUAUUGCUCCAGAAAUUCAGAAAGAUAUUUUACAUAUUAUGGCCAAUAGAGUACAACAGAUGGUUCGUGAAGAAGUUGGAGAUAAAUUCUUAUGUAUUCUUGUUGAUGAAGCACGAGAUAUAUCUAAACGGGAGCAAAUGGCCAUUAUCUUGAGGUUUGUGAACAAUCAUGGGAUUUUGACAGAAAGAUUUUUUGCUAUCAAAAGUGUUAGUGAUACUACCUCAUUGAAUUUGAAAAAAGAAAUAUCAAAUGUUCUUGUUCAUCAUGAUCUACAAGUUAAGAAACUUAGAGGCCAAGGAUAUGAUGGUGCUAGCAAUAUGCAUGGCGCGUGGAAUGGACUCCAUGCAUUAUUUCUCAGAGAUUGUCCUUAUGCAUACUAUGUUCACUGUUUUGCUCAUCGACUACAAUUAACAUUGGUCUCUGCCGCUAAGGAUGUCAGUGUUAUUUGGGAAUUCUUUUCUCAUUUGGACAAUAUUGUCAAUAUUGUUACUUCUUCUACUAAGCGCAUUGCUGAGUUACAUACUGCACAAAGAAAUGAAAUUGAACAUAUGUUGGCAAUUGGAGAACGUGAUUCUGGAAGUGGGGCCAAUCAGAUUGGUAAUUUGCAACGGGCAGGAGCUACUCGUUAG